AUAGAAAGAAAAAAACAAGAAAAAAAUAAAGUUCACUAGGUCCUGAUGUCCUCGCUACCAUUGCACACCCCUGUGAUGCCACCUGUAACCUCCCAGCAUUCACGCCCCUGGUUGCAGAGUCAGCGCACCAAAUUAGGAACAAUAAUAAUGACAAUACUAGUAGAUGUUAAUGUUGGUUUACAAUCCUGGUUUUGGAAAAUAUUCCAUAAGAAGUACUAGAAAGUAAACACAAUCUUUACACUCUUUAUUGAUUCAGAUUAAUACAAUACAAACUACCAGUAUUUUGUCAUCUAUUCGUAGAUGGAGAUAAACAAGGGGUUCGUAAAACAGCUGAAACAGGACCUAACUCAGCAGAUUGGGCCGCAGGUAAAUGAAAAAGUACUCAAAGACAUCAAAGUGAAGUCAUCAGAAUACAACCCUUCACCACAGUGUGCAAACGAGAGAGCUGUCGAGAAGGUAACAAAUAGAAGUGUGUCCACGCUGCUCGUCAAUGGUUGCCCUCAGCUAGAUGCUGACCAGGACAACCAAGCAAAGAAGAAGGAACCUGCAGCCACUCUGCCCACACUGCUGCUCAAUGGUUGCCCUCUGCAGCUAGACGAUGACCAGCACAACCAAGCGAAGCAGGAACCUGCAGCCGCUCUGCCCAGACUGCUGCUCAAUGGUUGCCCUCUGCAGCUAGACGAUGACCAGCACAACCAAGCGAAGGAGGAACCUGCAUCCGCUCUGCCCACACUGCUGCUCAAUGGUUGCCCUCUGCAGCUAGACGAUGACCAGCACAACCAAGCGAAGCAGGAACCUGCAGCCGCUCUGCCCACACUGCUGCUCAAUGGUUGCCCUCUGCUGCUAGACGAUGACCAGGACAACCAAGCAGAGAAGAAGGAACCUGCAGCCGCUCUGCCCACACUGCUGCUCAAUGGUUGCCCUCUGCUGCUAGACAAUGACCAGAACAACCAAGCAAAGGAGGAACCUGCAGCCGCUCUCCCCACACUGCUGCUCAAUGGUUGCCCUUUGCUAGACGAUGACCAGCACAACCAAGCAAAGAAGAAGGCACCUGCAGCCGCUCUGCCCACACUGCUGCUCAAUGGUUGCCCUCUGCUGCUAGACGAUGACCAGCACAACCAAGCGAAGGAGGAACCUGCAGCCGCUCUCCCCACACUGCUGCCCAAUGGUUGCCCUCUGCUAGACGAUGACCAGCACAACCAAGCGAAGGAGGAACCUGCAACUGCCCUCCCCACACUGCUGCUCAAUGGUUGCCCUUUGCUAGACGAUGACCAGCACAACCAAGCGAAGGAGGAACCUGCAGCCGCUCUCCCCACACUGCUGCCCAACGGUUGCCCUCUGCUGCUAGACGAUGACCAGCACAACCAAGCGAAGGAGGAACCUGCACCCGCUCUGCCCACACUGCUGCUCAAUGGUUGCCCUUUGCUAGACGCUGACCAGCACAACGGAGCAAAGAAAAAGAAAUCUGCAGCCGCUCUGCCCAAGCUUUACCGUAAUGGCUGCCCUCUGUUAGACACUGACCAGCACAAUGGAGCAAUGAAUGGACCUCUGGCUGUUGCGCCUACGCUUGUCUUUAACGGUUGCAUUCUGCAAGAUGCUGACCAACUCAAGGAAACAUUGGAAGAAUGGCCUACCCUCUGCAUCUCACGGAGUUUCUACAAUCCCAGCCAGGCGUCAGGGGAUUCAAACAUAAAAGAACCACCACUUCUUCCUGACAUAGAGCUACCACGCUUUCCAGGGUUUUGCGGUGUACAGAGCUUUCCACGCAGUCCUGUGGAGCACGGAGAUAAUCAACACUCUUCUGUUGACCCGGCACACUUCCUGUUGCACCCAAUACCGCUUAACUUCUUCUUAGAACAGUACCUUCUGUCUCAGCGCAGAUCAGCUUCUCCAACGGAAGUAAAGGAGUGUGGACUAGGCGAUUUCUACCAUGAGACCUCGCAGUCAGCAUCAACUCCAGAACAGGCCAGUUCACCACAAGGAGCACAUUCCAAGCUGAAUCAUGAUGCAAUGGUCUUGAGACAGAGUCCCUCCAUCAGGCUAAGGGCGUCUUUGGAGUCCCUGCCAACUGUCGACGUCGGUGGUGGAGACAUGAAGCCUGCUCCUACAGUAGCACCAUGUAGGAAACAGGAGAAGCCUCACAAGUACCGAGAGUUUCAGCAGAAUAUGAGCCACCUUGACUUUACUGCACUUGACGAGCCUCGUGGAUUGGAAGUCCUGAUCGAGAGGAGAGUACCACAGCAGGUCUGGACUGCACCAGAUGUUGUGAGAGAUGGGCCACGCGGAACGGAAAUUGCGCUUGAAGAAUCAGCUAUAAAAGAACACUUCCACUCCGCACAGUAUAAUGUACUGCAGAGAUGUCAACUCAAUGGCAUGUUUGGCAAGGCAUCAAACAGCAACAUGGCCGCUGCGUCUUGUCAGGGAAAGAGCCACAAGUCGCCUGCAGCUGAGGGAGAUGACGUCACUGUUCCUCACAACCCUGCUUCUUUCCCUCUGGCACUGCUGACUUCCAGGAUUAAGAAGGGCUACAGACUGACCACUGGAUUCUGCUGACAGAACUGUUGCAGAAACAGAUUGCAGAAGACUUGACAGGAUUUUGUGUCACAAUAGUAGACACUGGACUGUAUGUUCAACAAGGUGAUUAUUUAGGACUUAAUACACAUAGUU